AGCGCUGAUCGAGUUUAAAUCUAUAGCGAAAUGAGCGGCAAGGUGCAGCACUUGGCGUAACUUAAAGCCAGAGCUUUCGAGGAAAAUUCUUUUGGCCAGCGAAAAGUACUCGCAUCUGACAGAUUUGCGGCGCGUGAAAAACUAAAUCAAAAUAUCCCAUCCCAAUUAUAAAAUUCCCAAACCCCCAAACCCAACCGGGUGAAGAUCGACGCGGCGGAAACAAAGAAAUCGAUGCCUAGCUGGCCCGCUCGCGAUUGUGUGUGCUCGGUGUGUGUGGUGCGGUGUGUGUUGCUGGGUGUGCUGGGUGUGUGUGGAAUGUCAACUGACGGGUUGUAAAGGGAAACCCUGAAAUUCGAACAGCCAGCCGCCAAAGCAAAUAAAGCUGUGAAUACGAAUCAAAUACAACAAACAGAUACCCAAAACAGCUACAGAUACAAAUACAGAUACUGGAUGGUUUUUUGUGAAUUCAAAAAGAUACAAAAUCGAAAAACAAGUGUGUGUGCCGUGCCAAUCGAGGGAAAUAUGUGGAUAACCCUCCUCGCAUUGUCAGCGGAAAGGAAAAGCCCCGAGAUACGAGUUCGCUGCCGCACCGAGCGCGCGAACGGAUCUGGAACGUCUAGGAAGUGACGGGAUGAGCAGAGUGUCCGCCUGUCCAGCUGCAGAUACCCGGGAAAGCUGGGAGUGUCAUGUGCCGCGGCAUUCCGCACCGACGCCUCGAAUGCUGCAACACUAUUUUGGAGCAGAACUCGCCGUACUUCGCCCACAAUUAUUACCGCAGGCGAAAAAGCAAACGAAGGAGAACAACAGUAGCGGGGAAAAUCGCCGCUAUCAGAUAUUUACAUUUACAUUUACACAAGCGUGAUUUAUUCGAAAAGCGAAACGCCAUAAACAUCUGUAAAUUGUAAAUUGUGCAAAUACGUAUAUAUCCGAGUGUAAGCGAAAGCCGAAACCGAGCACUACACUGGGCUGCGAUAACGGAUCCCGUUCCGAGCCCGAAUCCGAAUCCGAUUCGGAUUGCGAUCCCCAGACGUCAUAAAUUCAGUGGAACGACGAGACAGUUGGUCGCUCCUAUUUUGCUUGCUUUUCGGGCGAUCCAUCAAACGUCUUUCCAAUUAAUAACUGAACACAUGUCGUAUCAAUACUCGACUUAGAUACGGGCCCCCGGAGAUCCAAUAUCAAGCGAUACCACUCUACUCGACCAUAGGAAACUUUAUAAGACUGAGAGUUGCAAGCGACCAUGCGCGCAUGGCUUCUACUCCUCGCAGUGCUGGCGACUUUUCAAACGAUCGUUCGAGUUGCUAGCACCGAGGACAUAUCCCUGAGAUUCAUCGCAGCCAUCGCGCCCCAGCGGCCCAUCGAGAGCACCGCGUUGGCGAGAGCAUUUAACCCCUUCAACGAGCCGCCCUUCUACAGAGGCAGUGAUAUCAGUGAUAACAGCAAACCUAGCAAAAGCACAAGCAAAAGCAAAAGCAUAAGCAAAAGUGACGCGAACCGACAGUUCAACGAAGUGCAUAAACCAAGAACAGACCAAUUAGAAAAUUCCAAAAAUAAGUCUAAACAAUUAGUUAAUAAACCCAACAACAAAAUGGCUGUCAAGGAGCAGAAGCGCAAGCAGAAGGAGCAGUAUCCUCACAGGCCAGCCUCCAAAAGCGAGCCUCAGCAGUCGAGGAUCGAGACCAUCUUCGCGGUGGAGGAGGAGAAGCAGCAGCAGCAGCAGCAGAAGCAGGAGCAGCAUCAACAGCAGCAGCAGGAGGAGCUGGAGCCGACGCUGGUCCUGGACAAGGAGAUGGCCACCAUCAGCGUGCCGGCCAACGCGCAGGCUAUUAUUGCCGAGCAGGAGCCAUCGACCUACAGCAAGAAGGGAUUGAUCAAGGAGAAGCUCAAGCCAGAUCCCUCCACUCUAGUCGAGAUCGAGAACAGCCUGCUCUCGCUGUUCAACAUGAAGCGGCCGCCGAAGAUCGACCGCUCCAAGAUCAUCAUCCCGGAGCCGAUGAAGAAGCUCUACGCCGAGAUCAUGGGCCACGAGCUGGGCUCGGUCAACAUACCCAAGCCGGGACUGCUGACCAAGUCGGCCAAUACAGUACGAAGUUUUACACACAAAGAUAGUAAAAUCGACGAUCGGUUUCCGCACCACCAUCGGUUUCGCCUGCACUUCGACGUGAAGAGCAUUCCUGCCGAGGAGAAACUGAAGGCGGCGGAGCUGCAGCUGACCCGCGAUGCGCUCAGUCCGCAGGUGGUGGCCAGGACGGCGUCGUCGGCGGCGGCAGUCAAUCGGACGCGCUACCAGGUGCUCGUCUACGACAUCACGCAGGUGGGGCUCCGGGGCCAGCGGGAGCCGGGCUACCUGCUGCUGGACACCAAGACGGUCCGGCUGAACAGCACGGACACGGUGAGCCUAGAUGUCCAGCCGGCCGUGGACCGGUGGCUGGCGGAGCCGAAGCGCAACUACGGACUCCUGGUGGAGGUGCGCACUGUGCGCUCCCUGAAGCCGGCGCCGCAUCAUCAUGUGCGGCUGCGACGCAGUGCGGACGAGGCCCACGAACGCUGGCAGCACAAGCAGCCGCUCCUGUUCACCUACACGGACGAUGGGCGGCACAAGGCGCGCUCCAUUCGGGAUGUGUCCGAGCGAGGUGGUGGCGAGGGUGGCUCUGGCAAGGGCGGCGGCGGAAGAAAUAGGAGACACCAGCGGCGACGCAAGAACCACGAUGACACGUGCCGACGGCACUCGCUGUACGUGGACUUCUCGGAUGUAGGCUGGGAUGAUUGGAUUGUGGCGCCGCUGGGCUACGAUGCGUUCUACUGCCACGGAAAGUGCCCGUUCCCGCUGGCCGACCACUUGAACUCCACGAACCAUGCCGUGGUCCAGACGCUGGUCAACAAUCUGAAUCCCGGCAAGGUGCCGAAGGCCUGCUGCGUGCCCACGCAACUGGACAGCGUGGCCAUGCUCUAUCUCAACGACCAAAGUACGGUGGUGCUGAAGAACUACCAGGAGAUGACCGUGGUGGGCUGUGGCUGUCGAUAGAUUCGAGAUUCUAUAGCCCGGAGUGCAGAUGGAGAUCGGAGAUCGCAGAUCGAGAAGCGAGCGAGAGAGCAUCAAAUGCUGUUUGGUUCCAAGCCGUCAAUGCUUUAAACACAACGCAAACAAAAUGGACUGAAUAUUUGAAUUUUAAGUGUAAAUCGUUAGACUUUAAUCGUAUGUAUCCGGCUGCAGCCACGCCCACAAACCACGCCCACGCCCACAAACCACCACACCCACCCUCCGUCAACCUUGAGAGCCUCUGUCCGCUUUCCCCAGCCAGGCUGGGGAAUCCCCUGGAGCAGAGUGAGCGCAGAGUCCACUGUAAAUAGCCGCCAUGCCAUGUCCUCCUCCAACCGGACACCCUCGUGUCCCCUCCCGUGAGCUGCUGGAGAAGAAGCGAAGAUUUCGGAAGAGAGAGAGGAGACCAAUUGAACAAAUUGUAUAGAAAUGCUAAUAUAUUAAACUACUAUAUCUACGCGAAUACACUGGUAUUUAUGUAAGUCAGAGCUGCUCGCAAAGGCCCCAAGGGAUGUACGCACUUCGAAUGACUCAAGCCCCUCGAAGGCUCUGGGUAAGCAACUCUGGCUUAUGUAUAUGUAUGCAUAUGCAUAUAUGGAAAGGAGAACUCUUCGACUAGACGUUUUUUGUUAAUAAUUUUAUAAAGCAAUCCAUUGUAAAUUAGCUAGUUAACGAGUAUAAUCGAUGAAUGAAUAAUGACUUGAAAUUAUCUAGGAACUAUCAGUUAUGGCAUAUGUAACACUCUUGUAUAUGUACUAAAUACACUCACACUCGCACACAAACACACUCACACACACACACACACAUACACUCAUCCAUAAGCACACAAACGAAAUGGUAUUUAAACAUCGUUCCGAAUUCAAACUAAACGUAACUGUAACUGUAUAAACAAAUAGAAAGAAUGAACCUUUCUGCACUAAAACAUAUGCUCUAUAAAUAUAUGAAUAACUAUUUACAUCGUUAUGCGUUCUAAGCUAAGCUCGAAUAAAUCCGUAAACGUUAAUUAAUCUAGCAAAGUAAGUCCUAACCGUUAAGCUCAGCAUGUUGGAUAAAUUAAUAGUGACGAAAGAAAACUGAAGAAAAACCCAUAAAAAAAGAAAACUCGAGGAAAUGAGAAUAUCGAUUCGUGCCUGAUGUUGCAGAGCACGAUUUGUAUAUGUAACUUUUCAUAUAAAUUUUAUUAUUUUAUUUAUUUAAAACAAAGCAUAUUUUUGAUGAAGAUGAUGAAGAUGAUGCGAGAGCGAUGAGGAAAAAGAAAGA